UCACACAUUAUUCAUAGUGAUAAUACCAGAAGAGGAAAUUUUGGACAAUGCCUCGCAUAUGUCCGAUGCACUAGGGAGAGGACGUAGUAUGGAUUCCAUUCCAUCAACAUUUACUAAUGGAAGCUGUAGUCCUAACGGUUUAGAUCCAGACAUUAGCCCAGAUGAGCAAGAAGAAAAAGCCAGAUUGAUUGCACAAGUUCUUGAACUGCAAAAUACAUUAGAUGAUCUGUCACAGAGAGUAGACAGCGUGAAGGAAGAAAAUCUUAAGUUAAGAAGCGAGAAUCAGGUUCUAAGUCAGUAUAUUGAAAAUUUAAUGUCAGCAUCGAGUGUAUUUCAGUCAACAAGUCCUAAUACUAAGAAAAAGUAAAUUAUCAUAUUGAUUAAAUAAAUUAGAUUGUGUAUAAAUAAGUUACAAUGAGAAGUAAUUCUGAUUGUUUUAGAAAGUAUGUGCAUGUGCAUAUAAUUACAAUUUACGCUUAGUAGAAGAUAUCAAAUUUUAAAAAAUAUCUUUCUUAGUAUUUUGUGCUCUUAAUUUAUUUUCGUUUGUACAUACUUUCUAGGAGAAAAAAAUAAUUUUCUAAUUAAACAAUUUACUUUUUCAGUCAGAUAUAAUCAAACUUUUUUUAUAUGUAUAAGAUUUUAUAAUAUAUUUACUGUGACUGUAACUUGAAACACGCUUAUAAUUAUGAUUGUACGCAC